AUGAUGACGGUGCUCCAGGGGGAAUGUGGCCUUGCUGUUGUUUCGCCCCACUCUUCGCGUGGGAGAUCCAGUGGUGUGUACCUGAUGGGACCUGAUGCCACUUCGUGCACCAUUGUGGCGUGUCGUGUGGGAUUGCACCCGAAGUUGCGGGAGGCAAUCAUGGCGACUGCGGCUGACGAUGCGACGCUUCUCCGUCGCUGCUGUGCUACAUUUACGGCAUCCAUGGUGCACUUCGAUAAUGUACAGGGCCUGUUGCCAGUCUUGCACGAGAUUCUCUGGGAAACUGCAUUGCCGGCGUGGUUUCACGCUGUGUUGCGUGCUGACAGUAGGAUGACAGCAGAGAGUGGCGCGGUAAGAGCAGCGGAGGAUCUCAUGGCGCAGUUGCGCCUCAUCAUGCUGACAACAGUUGCAGUGACAGACAGUGAUGCUGCUACGCCCACACUCUAUGUGGAGUGGUUCGUUGUGGGAGGCAUACGGAGCAAGGAACACACUGCACCAGUUCUAAGCGCCAUUUUUGGUGCCUUCUUUGCCAAGGAGAGGGAAAAGAGUGAUGCUUCUUGUUCUCCCUGUGGUCGACGGCACGACCCCGCGCAGGACCACCUCCUGAAACCGGUGUUUUACCUAUCCGAGGUACUGGGUGUCGAUGGUAGUGCGUUGGAAAGGGGAAACCCAGUUCAUAUUGAACACUGCCUUCGCGAGGACGGGUCCUGUUUCUGGAGCUUCAAUACUGUACUGCGGCCGUGGGAAUUGGGUCGUCCAGGUGCUCUGUACUCUUGCGCUGCCUGCUGGGGGCUUCUUCUUGACGUUGGUGGUGGUGGUUGCUGGCCGGUAAUGGUAAAGCCAGGGAUGCGCAAAUACCCACUGGCAGCACUGCGUCACACCUUGGUACAGCGAGGGUAUCGCUGGACGUGUCCACUGGAAC